CAGCACAGGAUGCGCCUUGGGUCAAGGGGACGUGAAAAGCCGGCAGCCUCUGUGUCCUUCUAGAGCCAGAGCGUCUGCCGCUGAGUCCUCCACUCCCCUAGGAGCUCAGCUGGGGUCGCCGCUGGAGUUGCCUGAUUUCCAGCAUUAAACAGGGGAGACACCAAUGAUGGCUCCAAUGGCCACCUCCGCUGGCUGCCUGCUGCUGCUGUUCCUGGUCCAGCCCUGGGCAGGAGCUGGUGCUGACAAGGAGGCUGUGGUCUGCGCAGAGACUGCCUGCUACACUGCCCACCGGGGCAAGCUGAGCGCCAACGAGGCCCAGGAACACUGCAGUCAGAAUGGGGGCAACUUGGCCUCGGUGAAGACUGAAGAGGAGGCACAGCACAUCCAGCGAGCCCUGGACAAGCUGCUGAAAUCAGAACUUCUGGAAACUCGGAUGGGCAAGUUCUGGAUUGGACUCCAGCGAGAGAAGGGCAAGUGCUGGGACCCUGAUGUGCCCCUGCGGGGUUUCAGCUGGCUGGCUGGGGCCGAGAACACAAGUUAUACCAACUGGUUCAAAGAGCCGAAGAACUCUUGCAUCUUCAAGCGCUGUGUGUCCAUAAUGCUGGACCUAUCCCUGCCAGCCCAGGCCAGACCCCUCCCCAAAUGGUCUGAGGGUAUCUGUGGAUCCCCUGGCUCUCCUGGAAGCAAUAUCGAGGGCUUUGUGUGCAAAUUUAGCUUCAAAGGCAUGUGCAGGCCCUUGGCUCUGGGGGGUCCGGGUGAGGUGAAUUAUACCACCCCUUUCCAGAGCACCAGCUCCUCCCUGGAGGCUGUGCCCUUUGCCUCCGUGGCAAAUGUGGCCUGUGAGGAUGAGGACAGUACUGUGCAUUACUUCCUUUGUACAGAGAAAGAGCCUGAUGUCUUCAUUUGGGACAAUUCAGGUCCUCUAUGUGUGAGAUCUGAGUAUAGAUGCAACUUCAACAAUGGAGGGUGUCAGCAGGACUGUUUUGAGGGAGGGGAUGGAUCUUUCCGCUGUGGCUGCCGGCCAGGGUUCCGGCUGCUAGAUGAUCUCGUGUCUUGUGUCUCCAGGAACCCUUGCAGCUCCAACCCCUGCGUAGGGGUAGCCACAUGCCACUCUGAACCCUACGGGAAGAGCUACACUUGCCUCUGUCCGGAAGGUUUACAGCUGGACCCGAGUGGGCACCACUGCAUCGAUGUGGAUGAGUGUGAGAGUGGCUCUGUCUGCUCCCAGGACUGUAUCAACACUAUUGGGAGCUUCCGAUGUCACUGCUGGGUGGGCUAUGAACCUAUUGAUGUUGAUCAGGUUACCUGUGAAGAUGUGGAUGAAUGUGCCAGAAACCUCUCCCAUUGUGCCCAGGGCUGCAUGAACACGAAAGGCUCAUUCUACUGUACCUGCCAAAAGGGCUAUGUCCUGGAAAAAGACAGCAACCUGUGCCUGGACGUGGAUGAGUGUGACAAAGCAGAGGGCACUCAGCCUUGUGAUGACCUGUGCAUCAACACACAGGGAUCUUUUCUCUGUGGCUGCCGUCCUGGCUGGGAGCUAGCCUCAGACAGAGUCUCCUGCAUAAUGAACAGCACUGAGUCCCCAGGAAUACUGGCUGGGCCUUCCCAGAGGGACAUGGGAGAUAAAGAAGGGUCUAUGUCUUCUGCCACAGUGCCUAGCCCCACUAAGGACUCUAAACUCACCUCUAAGGUGACACCCAGCACAAGGAGACCCUCCCGUCCACCUAAAGUACGUACCAGUCCAGCUGCGGUUGAGACAUUGGCUCCCACUGGGUCCUCUAACCACUGGAUGGAGCCCAGCACCCAUUACCCCACAGCCACCACUGGCGAUGAGGAGUCUACAGGUGGGCAUGUUGUGGCAAAGCACAGUGAUGAAGGCACUAAAGGGCAAAAGAUGCUCUUGUUUUAUAUCCUGGGCUCUGUGGUAGCCAUCUUGCUUUUGCUGGCUCUGGUUCUGGGGCUACUGUUCUACUUCAAAAGGAGAGCAAAGAGGGAGGAGAUAACGAAGAAAAAUCCCCAGAGUACAACAGACAGCUACUCCUGGGUUCCAGGGCGAGCUGAGAAGAGGACUAAAGAGAAUAAUUACAGGUAA